ACCCCUCUUGCCCCCUGGCAGCUGGGAUUUUGCCAGCCCGGCCUCGCUCCCCGCGUCGGAGGGAAUUCCAGCUGCCUCUCAAGGGCGAGGAUCUGCCUUUUCCACCCACACACAACCCCCCCCCCUUCCCGUACAGCUGGAGGCCAAAGCGACCCCCCCGAGAUGUCUAAAAAGCAAAACACGAAAGACGCGUCUGGGUUCAUUUUUGAUGUGCAGUCCAACACCGUGAUGGCCCAAGGAGGAACCUUUGAAAACAUGAAGGAGAAGAUCAGCGCCGUGCGGGCAAUAGUCCCCAACCGGAGCAACAACGAGAUCGUCCUCGUGCUGCAGCACUUUGACAACUGCGUGGACAGGACGGUGCAAGCCUUUAUGGAAGGCAACGCCAGCGAAGUGCUGAAAGAAUGGACUGUAACGGGCAAAAAAAAGAACAAGAAGAAGAAAACCAAACCAAAACCUCCGGCUGAAUCGAGCCCCGGCCUCCCAGCCCCGGGGAAAUUGGUGUCCACUGAAGAGGAGCCGUCGGCCAACGCCGCCGAGAAGGGGGGAAUUAACGGUUUCCAUGUCAACGGCUGCGCCCACGACACGGAGUCCGUGGACUCGCUCAGCGAGGGCCUGGAUGCGCUUUCCAUCGAUGCCCGAGAGCUGGAGGAGUGCGAGGGCCCCGCCGGGCCCCGGGGAACAGCGGUGCCUGAACUAGCGAACGGAAUAGCAGACUUUGACACAAAAUCGCUCAUCCUGCAUCCUUCCCAGAGCCCUUCGUCCCCCGGGCAGCGGCCGGAGCAGCGGAGCAGCAGCCGGUCUCUGUCCCGAUCCGCAGCAGCCCCCGGCUCCCUCCCGCCGUCCCUGCCCGCCCCGCGGCUGGAGGACCUUCCCGUCUCCCCGGCCAACAAGAAACUGGGUUCAAAUAUCGAGAAAUCGGUGAAGGAUCUCCAGCGCUGCACCGUCUCGCUGGCUCGGUACCGGGUGGUGGUGAAGGAGGAAAUGGAUGCAUCCAUUAAGAAGAUGAAGCAGGUCUUUGCUGAGCUGCAGAGUAGCCUGAUGGAUCGUGAGGUGGCGUUGCUGGCCGAGAUGGACAAAGUGAAAGCAGAAGCAAGUAAGGCUCUCUCCUUUCUACGAGCCCCAGGAGCUGUGGGAGCCACUGUGCCCGUGGGACACGGCCCCCCCACCCCCGGGAGCAGGUCCGGGCAGCACUUUGUGAGCGAGCGCAAGUACGACGAGGACCUGGGCAGGGUGGCUCGUUUCAGCUGCGACCUGGAGGCCCUGAAGAGGAGCAUCGCCUCCUUCGGCCAAGUUUCCCACCCAAAGAACAGCUACUCCACGCGCUCGCGGUGCAGCUCGGUCACCGCCGCGUCCCCCAGCGAGACCUCGGCUCCCUCCACCCCCUGUGCCUCUGCCUCUGCCACCAGCCUCACCACCACCACCAAGAAACCCCCCUCCCCAGCGGAGGGGAACACGGGGGGCCGCCCUCCCCAGCCCUCCCGAGAGGUAACCUCUCCCUGGCAGGACCCUCACUCCCAGUUUUGGGGUUCUUCUGGGGUCCUUUGGGACUCACCUGGGGCUGGGGAGCUGUGGGGUCAUGGAAUCAGGGAAUAG